AUGACAGACCAUUUUGAAGAAUUCAGUACUGGUAUGGGAUUAUUGCAAUCACAGAAUGAUGGCACCAAGGCGAACGUGGUGCAAAGGAAAGUGUUGGUCAAUUUGAGAAGCACUUUCAGUCUUCUUCCAAAUACAACCUCCACCUCCAGCUCCACCCAAAAUAUUUGCUUAACCAUAUCUCCUUACCCAACUCAUACUUAUACAAUCUCUCCACAAAUGCCAAUAACCUGCAAUCCCAAUCAAGUCAUGAUGAUUCCUAAUACCCAACUUCCUAUAACCACAAAUCUAUUUGAGGAGGACAAGCAAAACCAACUAGCUGUAUGCUCGGAUAAGAGACUUGAAAAAUCAACCCAACAGAUUUGUCGUGAAAAUUUGGAAAAAGAACUCCGUGAUUUGAAGAAAGCCAUUGGAGAAGAAUUGCAAUCAAGAAAUCAUCAAAGUCUAAUAUAUGAAGACUUAUGCCUGCAGCCUGAUGUAGAACUCCCACCGGGUUAUUUGGUGCCGAAGUUUAAUACUUUCAAUGGGAAGGGCAAUCCCAUUGCUCAUUUAAAGGACUACUGUAGCAGAUUACUUGGUAUCGGGCACAAUGAGGCCAUUCGAAUGAAAUUAUUUAUUGAAAGCUUAUCAGGACCUGCACUUGUUUGGUACACAAAACAAGAUUUUAGCAAAUGGCACACGUGGGAUGAUAUGGCUCACGAUUUUGUAAAGCAAUAUGAGUUCAACCUUGGAGUCGAUCCAGACAUGCAUAGCCUGUAUAAAAUAGAGAAAAUGCCACAUGAAUCGUUUCAGGAUUAUGCAAUCCGGUGGAGAGUUGAAGCUUCGAAGGUGCACCAUUUGCUAUCCGAGAAAGAGUUGAUAUCAAUCUUCAUUGACAUUCAAAAUGGCAUAUAUUAUGAAAAGCUUGCUACUGCGAACGUGCGCAAUUUCUCAGACUUGAUUAGAGUCGGGGACUUCCUUGAAAGAGGCAUCAAAGAAGGAAAGGUUAGCAUGCAAACUAUCAAUCAUACUUUACAAUCAGGGAUGCUAGAAAAUUGGAAAGGUAAAGAGAAGAAAAAUGCCUCAGUUGCCAUGACUAUGCAUCCACCGCAAUGCCAUCAUAAUCGCCAGCUCUCGCAAAAUCAUACCAUCUCUAACGCCCGUAACAUGCAUCUCGAGCCUCCUCGCCAACAAAGCAUUGGACAUCAACAUCGCCAAACACAAGUCGCUUCUCACCGGUCAAAGAAAAGAAAGCCCCGGGACUUCACACCUUUGACUGAAUCAGUCUCUAGUAUAUUCGCUCGAUUGAAUGUCUCGGGAAUUAUGCAACCAAGAAAAGGAAGGGUUUUUGACCCUUUGCAUCCAUUAUUCGACCCGUCAAAGUAUUGUGCUUAUCAUUCAAACGCUCAAGGUCAUGAUACAGAAGAAUGCCUAGCAUUAAAACAUAAGAUUCAGAAUUUAAUUGAUGCUAACAAAUUGCGAGUGCACCUACAAGUUGGAACAAAUAUCUCAAAUGCAAUUAGUGGCAGCACAAGCAAUAUACCAAGCGUGGUUGGGCAUCCGAAGAAGAAAUGUCGUUUGGACUAG